GUGUCUGGUGUGGGCCAACAUCGCCCCCGGAGUUGAACGCAUCCGCUUGCCCAAUAUCCGCUAACGCAGCAGUCCGGCGAGUCUUUGAUUGGCAUUUUUUUAUUAUGGACUUCAACUUAGAUAAAAACACGAGGUUAUGGUAAUUCAUGAAUCCAGUAAUUCAACGCAAAUACAACAUGGUUGUUCCUAGUCUGAUAUAUAAAACUGGUGGAGCAGCUGUCAUUCCAGCCAUUUCGGAAGCAGCGAGCAAGCUAGAGAAACCAAAGGUCAACAAACUGUUCUUGCCCAUCAAAGCUGUUUACUUUUGGAUAUUUUCAGGAAGUGCCUUUAUCCUGCCUUUCUUUCCAGUCUACAUGACAUACAUAGGACUCAGCACAAUUCAGACGGGCCUCAUUCAGGGCCUGGUCCCAUUCAUUAGGAGCGUCGCAGGGCCAUUCUGGGGCAGCCUGGCUGACAAGUCCGGCAAGCACAAGACCAUCAUGCUCGCCAGUAUGAUCGUUUCAACCCUCAUCUACGGAAGCUUGGUAUUUCUGCCUCUUCUGAAUCGUGACAGAACUACAGUCUGGACGAAUGUAACUGAUGCUGGGGAUAGAGACAUUCAUCAUUUAGAGUUGAUUGACGAUGUGGAGUCCUUGGCAAAAUCGUUAGACUGCGAAGAUGUUAUUCAUAAUAGCAAUGAUUGCAAUGAGCUUGAUGAGAGUUUAAAGGUGGACUUAGGACAAUGCUUUCGAAUAAUAUCUUCUAGUAAUAUUUUCAGCAAUGAUAUAGGUAUUCAAAAGAACAGGACUCAUAUUCCUUGGGGUAUUCAAGGGUGCAACAUGUGUCUGAUGUGCAAUAAUGUUAAAGUGGAAUUUUUGGAAAAGGGUCAUGGUCUAAACGAAAAGUGCCAUCAAAUAUUCAAUAUGUUUAUGUCAAAGUGCUCUUCAAAGUGGUAUAAAUCUAAUAGUUUGCAUCAAUCAAGUCCUGUAAUUCUUGGUGUCCUCUACCAGGAUGAUCCAGUGUCUCCAAAUUCUCAGCCGUUUAACAAAAACACCACUGCUGUGUUUGCCACCAUGAUGGCACUGAUCUUCACCGGUUGUUUCUUCAAGAGUCCCACUGCCCCGAUCCUAGAUGCCACCACCAUGGUGCUAGUCAAGGAGCUCAAGGAGGUUGGUAUUGAGGCGGACUACGGGAGGCAGAGGCUGUGGGGUGCGGUCGCCUGGGGUAGCGUGUCACCCCUGGCAGGAGUCCUCAUAGACGUCUACGCUACCAAUGUCUCUUCCUUCAACCAAUACCUUCCAGGAUUCUGUAUGUACGUUCUUGUCUACUUCCUGGCCUUUGUCUGUGCCACCCGCAUCAAGGUCCCAAAGCAUGUUCCUCCUGCGAAAUCCGUCUCCAGCAACAUACGUGUGGUCCUCGGUAAGGCCAACAUCCUUGUAUUCUUCUUCGCCAUCGCAGUCACAGGAAUAUCUGUUGGGUUGCUUUCCACGUACCUCUUCCUUUUCCUCGCUGAGCUGUCAGGGUCACACACACUAAUGGGUCUCACGUUAACCUUGACCUGCAUAUCUGAAGUCCCCUUCAUGUUCUUUGCCACCAAGCUCAUCGAGAAACUUGGCCAUCGUGGCGUCAUAACGCUCACACUCUUCUGUUACGCUGUCCGCUUUGGCGGUUAUUCCCUGAUCCAAAACCCAUGGCUGGUGCUGCCCAUCGAGCUUCUCCAUGGCGUGACCUUUGGUGCCUUGUGGCCUACGAUCACAUCCUACUGCAUCCUGGCAGCCCCUGAGGGGAUGACCACUACAAUGCAGUCUCUUGCUUAUUCUGCCAAAGUUGGAAUUGGAAUGGGAGUAGGGACAAUAGCUGGGGGUGUCAUCUACCAUGCAUAUGGAGCCAGAAACCUGUUCAGAGGGGCGGCCAUCUUGUGCCUAGUGACCAUGGUCUUCUACUGGCCGACCAGUUUCUACCUCGACAGACGUGAUGUACGAAGGGCUCGACAGAUACAGUAUGAAGAAAUCUCAUGAAUUUAUAUGUUCUACUAGUUUGGUCUUAGAUGAAACAUGUAAAUAAAUAUAUAUAUGAUAUAUCAUUUAAUGACUAUAGAAAAUCAGAAGUUUUGUUUACACUGUUAGUUGACAGAGUGUCAAUAUUUAGUGUCAACAGAAAACAGUUGUGCCAAUAGUACAUUAAAGAUAAACUUGAGUACUGGUAAUGCGAUUGCAUUGUGAAAGAAAAGGUGUGGAAUGGAUCAGAAAAGUUGAUCAUAUAGCAUGUAAGUAAUGGUGUGUUAUGCAAGGUUCUAGAGUCAUCAAAAUCAUCAUAAAUUUGGCAGAGUCUUCGUAAAGUAACAAUCAUUUACACAGAUAAAUGUAUAUGGGACAACACACAUGGUGUCGGGGCUAGUACUACCCUGAUUUCCUUAUCUUUCUAUGCUCAUUACUCAGCCAGUAUACAUU